UAUAAUUUGGUUAGUUAGGUUAUGAGUAAAUUUAACAGUAACUUUUUCUGUCAUAAGCAGAGCAGUUAUCAGGAAUAUUUGAAGCUAAAAGCAAGAGUGGAGGUCCUACAGCGAUCUCAGAGAAACCUUCUUGGUGAAGACUUGGGUCCUUUGAACACAAAGGAGCUUGAGCAGCUCGAAAAUCAACUGGAGACAUCCUUGAAGCAGAUAAGAUCUACCAAGAGUCAAGCCAUGCUUGAUCAGCUCGGUGAUCUUCAAAACAGGGAACAAAUGCUCGUUGAAACCAAUAAAUCCUUGAGAAGGAAGUUGGAGGAGUUAAGUGCACAACCCCCUUUUCGACUGGCAUGGGAAACUGGAGGGCAAAACAUCCCAUACAAUCGCCUCCCAGCACAAUCAGAGGGAUUUUUCCAGCUUCUAGGGGGCAGUUCCUCGUUGCAAAUUGGAUAUAAUCCUGUUGUUUAGGAUGAAAUGAAUGUUGCAGCGCAAAA